UAGUAAAAUUCGGCAAACCUUUUAAAUAAGGUGAGAAUAUGAGAAUAUUGUUAUAACCGCCUAAGAAAGGAUUAAUAAAGUGCGCGCUACACUAAAUUUACAAUGAAUUUCGGUGGCACAUUAAGAGUUAACAAAUUCGCAUGUUUCACAGUAGGUUUUAUUUUAUUCCUUAUAAUUUAUUAGCGUUCAGGAGGUGCUGGUUAUCCCUCUGAUAAAAAUGACUUAAUAAAUAUUAAAUCACUUUUAAAAGCCGCAAUACAUGCAGCUGAGAGAGGUGGAAAGAAAGUUAUUGAGGGUAAAAACCAUGAAUUGAAUAUUAAAAGUAAAGGCAAAACGGUGGAGGGAGCGAACGAUCCGGUUACCGAUGCUGAUUACGCUUCACAUUGUGCUAUGUACUAUGGUCUCAAAAACACAUUUCCUAAGUUAAAUAUAAUAUCCGAAGAACACGGGAAAGAUUCGAGUUGUCAAAAUCAAGAUGUAAUUGAUAUUGAAACAACUCCCACAGAUCACAGAACAAUAGAUCACAUGAACGAUGAACAUGUAUUUGUGAAGGAUGUUACGGUUUGGAUUGAUCCUCUGGACGCGACACAAGAAUAUACAGAGGGUUUAUAUCAAUAUGUAACAACAAUGGUGUGUGUGGCAAUCAAUGGGGUGCCAAUUGUUGGUGUCAUACAUUACCCAUUCCCAACACGCACAUACUGGGGUUGGUUUACUAAGAAGACAUCCAGCAAUAUUCCAAACAUUCAACAUAAAGAAGAAAAUAAAGAACAACCAAGAGUUGUAAUAUCAAGGUCUCAUCCUGGUAAAGUUGCCGAUAUUGCAAAAGAAUCAUUUGGACCUAAAACUGUUGUAACACAAGCUGCAGGAGCUGGUGACAAAGUGAUGGGUGUGGUAAAUGGUAACUUUGAUGUUUAUCUCCAUGCAACUGCCAUCAAAAAGUGGGAUUUGUGCGCAGGUAAUGCAAUCAUUAAGGCUGUUGAUGGUAAAAUGACGACAAUCAAAGGUGCAGAGAUUGAUUACUCUCCCAACAGUGGUGUUAAAGUAACGGAUGGUAUUUUAGUAACUAGAUAUGAUCAUGAUUAUUACUUGAGUAAAUUGCCGAAAUCUCUGAGUGGUACAACAUAAUUACUUAAAUAGUUAU